UUGCCAGGUGCCAUUCUGGCGGUGGCGCUUGACGUAUGCAAGCUGCUUGGAGUUUCAAUGUUUAGGAUCACUCUUGAAGUGUUGACGAAAUUGACAAAGCAACAGGCUGAUACAAGAAACAGUUGUCCUUUGGGGUCUUUCGGCCCGAGGCUGCUGUUGUGCUGUGUUUUAGCGGUGCUAUCUCGGUUCCUCGCACUCCUGUGGACAAGCCCCUCGGCAAGGGCAGCUACAGUAACCAGGACCACAGCAAGCAGGAGGGCGCCUGGUGUCAUGACCAAGGCAAGAGAUCAGACGCGCCAGCAAGGAUGCUGUGGAUCCUUAGCAAACUAUCUGACCUCAGCAAAAUUCCUCCUCUACCUUGGCCACUCUCUCUCCACUUGGGGGGAUCGGAUGUGGCACUUUGCGGUGUCUGUGUUUCUGGUGGAACUCUAUGGGAACAGUCUCCUCUUGACAGCUGUCUACGGGCUGGUGGUGGCGGGCUCCGUUCUCAUCCUCGGAGCCAUCAUUGGUGACUGGGUGGAUAAGAACGCCAGACUUAAAGUGGCCCAGACUUCACUGGUGGUGCAGAAUGUGUCCGUCAUCCUGUGUGGAAUCAUCCUGAUGAUGGUGUUCUUACAUAAGAAUGAGCUUCUGACCAUGUACCAUGGAUGGGUCCUGACUGUCUGCUAUAUCCUGAUCAUCACUAUUGCGAACAUCGCAAAUUUGGCCAGUACUGCUACUGCGAUUACCAUUCAAAGGGACUGGAUUGUUGUUGUAGCGGGAGAAAACAGAAGCAGAUUAGCAGACAUGAAUGCUACCAUCAGAAGGAUUGACCAACUGACCAACAUCCUGGCCCCCAUGGCUGUGGGCCAGAUUAUGACAUUUGGUUCCCCAGUCAUUGGCUGUGGUUUCAUUUCGGGGUGGAAUUUGGUGUCCAUGUGUGUGGAGUACUUCUUGCUCUGGAAGGUUUACCAGAAAACCCCUGCUCUGGCUGUGAAAGCUGCUCUCAAGGUAGAAGAGUCAGAACUGAAGCAACUGAACUUACCUAAAGAUACUGAGCCAAAACCUCUGGAGGGAACUCAUCUAAUGGGUGAGAAAGACUCCAACAUCCGCGAACUUGAACGUGAGCAAGAGCCCACAUGUGCCUCCCAGAUCGCUGAGCCUUUCCGCACGUUCCGGGACGGAUGGGUCUCCUACUAUAAGCAGCCGGUGUUUCUGGCUGGCAUGGGCCUGGCUUUCCUCUAUAUGACAGUCCUGGGCUUUGAUUGCAUCACCACAGGGUACGCCUACACUCAGGGGCUGAGUGGUUCCAUCCUCAGCAUUUUGAUGGGAGCCUCAGCAAUAACUGGAAUAAUGGGGACUGUGGCUUUCACUUGGCUUCGCCGGAAAUGCGGUCUCGUUCGGACUGGCCUACUCUCAGGACUGGCACAGCUUUCCUGUUUGAUCCUGUGUGUGAUUUCCGUGUUCAUGCCAGGAAGCCCCUUGGACUUGUCUGUUUCUCCAUUCGAGGAUACUCGUUCUAGAUUCAUGCAGGGGGAGCCAGUGUUCCCAACUACCAAAAUACCUGAGGCCGUCUUUCCAACAGAAGUGCUUAUGUCCAAUGCGUCUGAUGUCAAUACUGUCCAGGAGAUGAGUACUAAAUCCGUGCCCAUCAUCUCUGUCAGCCUGCUGUUUGCAGGAGUCAUUGCUGCUAGAAUCGGUCUUUGGUCCUUUGAUUUAACUGUGACACAGUUGCUGCAAGAAAACGUGAUUGAAUCUGAAAGAGGCAUUAUCAAUGGCGUGCAGAACUCCAUGAACUACCUUCUCGACCUUCUGCAUUUCAUCAUGGUCAUCUUGGCCCCAAAUCCAGAAGCUUUUGGCUUGCUCGUACUGAUUUCAGUCUCCUUUGUGGCAAUGGGCCAUCUUAUGUAUUUCCGAUUUGCCCAGAAGACUCUGGGUAACCAGCUUUUUGUUUGUGGUCCUGAUGAAAAAGAAGUUCCAGAUGAAAAUCAACCUAACACAUCUGUUGUGUAAAAUAGUUUAGCUGUAGCCCCUGUUACUAGAUUGUGGAGAACAUGUGUGCUUAUUUUGUACUGCAGAAUUCCAAUAAAUGCCUGCGAAUUUCUCUAGUUUUACCACAGUUGUGCCUUGAGGGCUAAGAGCACUGUCUAACCUAUGUCAGCAAAGAGGGACUGGUUAUUUCCCCUUAUGUUUAGACAUGGGAAAAAAAGGAAGAAGGAAAGAAAAAGUCACUGUGUGGAUAGAGAAAGUAAAGUGAACUUCCCUUGUUCUUAUGAGCACAGGAAAUUUUACAGAGUGGCUGUCAGGUGAGCUAAGUUAUUCCUCAGCAGAUAUUUAUUGUCUCAACCAGAAGUCAGAUAAAUCACUUCAGCCCAAGACUCUUGUAAACGUCUGUCCUACUUCCUUUUUUAGAUCAGUAAUAUUUUUCUUGGUUACGAUAUAGAGACAAGUUUUUCUCCACCUAUUAAGAGUGUAGUCAGAAAACCAGUAUUAUUAAUCCCUUUGAGUUUAAGGAACUUAUUAUGUGUGGAGAAUGAAAUAUAUAACUAGACUUGUCCAAAAAGGUUCACGGUUUAACUUUUGCAUUUUGCCUAUAGGAUGGGGCAAAAUAUUACUGUAAUAUGUGAAUGUGGCUCUUGAGAAAAUGGCUCUUCAGAGCCUCAGGAAGAAGCAAAGCUGUACAUUUCUAGUGCAGUGUGGAAGGACUUCUGGUAUGCUCUUAGUGUGGCUGUACAUGUCACUGUCAUUAGCGAUCACUAAUUAUCUUAGUGUAUGAGAGAGCUGCCCCCAAGCCUGGCAACUACAGGUGCAGAAGCAGCCCACACUUGGAAAGGACUAGAAAUAUUUGAUGAGUUUGUACAGAACGUUUUACUUUUGCUGACUUGGGCCUAGAUGUUUGUUAUCUCUGAGCUAUUCUUGAGCAAGAAUAGUUACAAAAUUCCAUUUUCAAUAUCUCUUAAAAGAAUAAAGGAAAAACUGUAAACAUUUUUAAACUGUUUUGAAAGUCUUUUUUGUAACAUGCCAGUACCAACAUGGAACAUUGCCUUAACUUUUGAUGCACUUUCAUGGAGACUGCAAUGUGUUGCCGCAAGCACUUUCUUUGUCCUUGAGUUUAAUCUUUUCCUUUAUCUUGCUACAGUAUGACAUGAUUUACUAUGUUGUAAAAAUCUUCAUAAAAUAUUUCUAUAUAAAGUGUUUUUAAAGUCUUAA